ACAUGUGGUGUGACAUAUUUUGACAUUUACUAAGCUUGAAAAUAGUUAUCGCACAAAAUGGUGUUUUUAACUGCAAUUUUAAUUCUUUUUAGCAUCUUUGCAGUAGUUAAAAUUUAUUUAAAAUUGACUACAGGCAGGUGCAGAAGUCACACUUGUUUGGUUGGCAAAACUGCCAUAAUCACUGGGUCAAACACCGGUAUUGGGUACGAAACAGCUCUAGAUUUCGCCAAAAGAGGCGCUCGAGUCAUUCUAGCUUGUCGCAACAAGUCCAAAGCGGAAGAAGCCCGUUCAAAAAUCAUUUCCGAGACCGGAAAUGACAACAUAGUUGUCAAAAUCGUCGACUUGGCCUCCUUUGACUCGGUCCGAGCCUUCGCCAAAGAAAUCAACGAGACUGAAAAUCGUUUAGACAUUUUGGUCAACAAUGCUGGAGUUAUAGGAAUCGGGGAUGACACCAGUAGAGAUGGCCUCUCCUUGGUCAUCCAAAUCAACCACUUUUCCGGCUUCCUCCUCACCAACUUGCUGGUAAAUCUGCUGAAGAAGUCGGCCCCCAGUCGUGUUAUCAAUGUGUCGUCGUUGGCGGCAGAAGGGGCCAAAAACCUCGAUUUGGACCAAAUCGCCAAACACACUUCGGUGAUGACCGAUUACUACAAUUCGAAAUUGUGCAAUAUUUUGUUCACUCAAGAGUUAGCAAAGAAACUGGAAGGAAGCGGAGUUACGGCCUAUUCGCUGCAUCCGGGAGUUGUCAAGACUGAGAUUGUUAACAACACUUCAGGGCUUCUGAAAAUCGGGUUCAGUUUUUUGAUGAAGUUUUUCUCCAAGACGGUUGAGGAAGGGGCCCAAACUACGAUUCACUGCUCAGUGGCAAAAGGAAUAGAAGAGUGCAAUGGGGAGCAUUUUUCCGACUGUAAAAGAGUCAAAGCUUACAAAACAGCAAGAAAUCCAGGCCUUGCAAAAAAAUUGUGGGAAAAAUCUGAGCAAAUCGUUCAUUUGCAACCAAAUGAAACACAAUUAUAAAUUUUUCAAGUAAUUUAUUGUAACCUUGUUUAGGUUUAGAUGAAUAAACAGUGCAUUAAAUGAA